UUAAUUGGCGUGAUAAUGGGACCCACUAAAUUUCAAAUAUUGAAUGGAGACUCCAUUAAAGAAAGAAGACUGACCUUCACUCUUCAUCUUCUGUUCAAUCAAAGGUUGGAAGAAGAAGACAUGGGUUGUGUAUCUUCUACUUUGCUGAAUCCCGACGACGAGUUGUCUCAGCUCGGCAGCUCGGCGUUCGGUCACCACAUCGUCUCUCUGACUUCUACUACAUAUGGCCUACUCACUCUCGAUCCACCACCGCAGACCACUACUACUCCACCCACUCCUCCCCCUCGCUUCACUCUCGGUUCGGUCUUCCCCAGCCCUCUCUCCGAGCCCAAGCUACUUCGAUCCGAGCCGGAGGUCAUCAACUCAUGGGAACUCAUGUCCGGCCUCGACAACGAUAGCUUCCGAUUCUCGCCUUUCAUCAAACACGACAAAGAAAACUCAAAUCCGAACACGAAAACCAAGCGUCAAAUCGGAUCUGGCGUUUUCAAGAACCCUAACACCGAAAAAUUCGCCAAUCUUGACAAGGAGCGGUUAGUGGAUCGAUUUGAGAGAUUAUGUCCGCCGAAUGGGGAAAACAGGGUGGUUAUCUACACGACGACGUUGAGAGGGAUAAGAUCGACAUUCGAGGCGUGCAAUUCGGUUCGGGCUGUGUUGGAAGGAUUCGGAGUAGUGAUCUGCGAGCGGGACGUGUCGAUGGACAAGGGAUUCCGGGAGGAAUUGAGGAUGUUAAUGGAAGGGAAAGAGAGGGAAGCGAUGGUGCCGCCAAGGGUGUUUGUUAGGGGAAAGUACAUCGGAGGAGCGCAGGAGGUGGUGAGAGUGGUGGAGGAGGGGUUAAUGUCGGAGGUUCUGGAGGGAGUGCCUAGGAAAUUGGGAAGGAGUGUUUGCGAAGGUUGUGGCGAUGCGAGGUUUCUGCCUUGUUUUUCGUGCAGCGGAAGCUGUAAGCAGGUGAUGGUGGUGAAGGAAGGGCAGAUGCAGGGGAGGAGUGUGGUGGUUAGGUGUUCUGAUUGUAAUGAAAAUGGGCUUGUUCUCUGCCCCAUCUGUAGCUGAAAAGCUACUAUGUUUUUCUUGUACUAAUCUUGAUUUAAUCUUUCUUGAUAAAAAUGGUUUGUUAGGUUAAUGUAAUUCCUUAAUUAAAGUACAUUAUAAGCUA